GCACAACUGAGGAUCAAGGACGAGUUUCCAUGCUGCGUUACAGUUCGAGAAGUUAUCGACCACUUCCGGAUCGAAACCGACGGCGUUCAUCGCGUCAAGUUCGUUGCAAUUACAGCAAGAUCUGAGCAUUACGUUUCAUGCACUGGAAGCGGUGUGUUUGCUCCACGUCUUGGAUACGCACUUGGUCGCGAACGCAACAGUACCUAUCCAUUGAAGGACACCGAUUUAGACAAAACCUUGGCCGAGCUGUGUGGCAGCGAUGUUGAUGCCAACACAAUCACUAUCAUAGCAGAUGUAACUCGC